AUGCCAUCGGAGGUGUUUGUCCGCGGGAUGCUCUAUCUGUCCCUCACUGUUGUGGGAGUCCCGGGUAACGCGACCGUCAUCCUGGCGUUCCUCCUCUUGCUGUACCAGGAGAGCCGCCUCCUCCCAUCUGAUGUCAUUGUCCUGCACCUGGCCUGCGUCAACCUGCUGGUGGUGGCCGUCCGCUGUCUGCUGGAGACCCUGGCCUCCUUCAGCCUGGCCAACGUCUUCGGAGACGUGGGCUGUAAGGCCGUGAUCUUCGUCUACAGAACGUCCCGGUCCCUCUCGAUAUGGCUCACCUUCGCCUUGAGCGUCUACCAGUGCCUGAGCGUCGCCCCUCCCGGAUCACACUGGGCCUCCUUCCGCACCGCUGUAGCCCAACAUUUGGGCUUCGUGUUCCUCUUCCUCUGGCUCCUCAACACCUGCAUGUCCUCGGCAGCCAUACUCUUCUCCUUCGGGACCAAAAACAACUCCAGCCAGACAAACCACGGCAUCAACGUCCAAUUCUGCUACGUCAACUUCCCUUCAAAGUUGUCCAUCGAGGCGAACGGGGCGGCCCAGGUGGGCAGAGACGUGGUGCCCAUGGCCCUCAUGACGCUAGCCAGUCUGAUCAUCCUGGUCUUCCUUUACAAGCACAGCCAGCAGGUGAAGGGACUGCGCGGUAUGGGAGGCGGGGCGGAGCGGCGAGCUGCCAAAGCCGUGGUAGCCCUCGUGACCCUGUACGUGGUCCUCUACGGGGUGGACAACGGGCUCUGGGUCUACACUCUCACCGCGAGGAAGGCCAUGGCUUCCUCGCUGAUCUCCGACCUGCGUAUAUUCUUCUCCUCGCUCUACGCGUCGCUGAGCCCCGUGGUCAUCAUCGCGUCCAACAGGAAGGUGAAUGGCCGGCUUAGGUGUGACGUGAAGAGGAAGCCCCUUCGGGAGAAAGACACGUUCUCCGAUGUGAGGCCUGCUGGGACGGCCGCUUGUUCACAGGGGCAGCAGAAUGAGCCGAGAGGAUGA